AAACUUUAUUUAGUAAUCCUAGAAUUCGCUGGGCUCUCAACAAACGCUAAAGAUAUCACGAAUUUUGUAGAAGACAAUACGAAUGUAAAAACGAUCAUAGUCGAUCAUCUGCCACACCAAAAUGAAGUCCAGGUUUACAAUAAGGAACAUAUACUAAACGAUCCAACAGCUUUUCAAGACUUUGAGUGUAGGACAAGCUGUGUCCAAUGA